UUUGACACAAUCCUAUUUAGGCCAAGAAAAAAUUGUUCUUUGGGCUACAGGACAAAUAGUCGAGCGACUUCUUAAUUGUGUUGGUCUUACAAUAGCAGCUGAUGAUACAGAAAUUGCGAUGGCAUUAUUAUCAAAUGUUAACUUACGUUUCGAAUAUACUGAGCUAGGACAAUCUGAUAGUUCUAUUGUCGAACAAAAUAUUCAAGGUUCAAUUGUAAUGGUAAAUCGUCGAAAACACUAUGCAUUUAUUAAAAGAAUGGAUAAUGUUCAACAACGCGAUAUUUUUGCACGAGAUUCGUCUAUAAUUAGCAAAACACAAAUUCCAAACUUUUUAAUAUCUGACAAAUGCACAUUUGAUAUGAAAAAAAGUACUAAAAAAUUUCAUAUUUCCUUUAUAAGAAAAUUUUUAUAA